AUGGCUCUUACUUCCCUCACCGCGUUCGUCCCACCACUGUUACUUCCCUACAUCUCACCGUUCGCCACCUUCCUACCGCGCCUUCUCAAUUGGUUUUCCAGGGCCCUAUCUCUGCCUUUGGCCUCGAGGCGUGACCGAGUGUUUGCCUGUAGCAUCUUGACGUCGACUGGGAUCACACAAGAGAACCUCGAGGAUCCUUGGCAGGCGACUAAUUUCGUGGCGAUAAAAUCGCUUCUUAACUGUGCAGAAGACCAGAGCUUUUGGUUAUGUGGUACGGAUAUUCGAUCUGGACCAGGUUUGCUUCUUGGCGAUUCUGGGUGUGACCGUUUAGUCUUUGAUCCUCCCCCUUUUGAGGAGAUCUUCGAUACAUCAGGCCCAGAUGCCUACCUCAAACUCAACAAGUUCAAAUCAGCCUAUAUUCGGCGGGUCAUAGAGACCGCCUCUCGACUCGACUCUGGUGAUAUCCUCUGCCUCAUCAUUUGUGGACACGGGUUAACCAACGGAAGGGUGUCGGUGGGUGAUGCUGAAGCGAGGACAUCGUUAGUCAAAUCCAAUCUCGAGGACGCCGUACAAUCCUGCAAAGCGAAGGUUCACUUCUUCAUCACUGCUCGCUACGGAGGCAGUUGGACAAGCUCACAUUGGGACUUAAAUCAUUUGGAUAAUUUUACACCUGCCCACUCCGAUUUAGAUAUCACUUUUUGCGGUGAAUGGGCUGGCAACUCGUUUCUCAAACACCAGACUCCGCCGCGAAUCGGCUAA